AACCUGCCUUUCUUUAGGGGGAAAUCCCAACCAAAAGGAGCAGUUAAAGGGGAGUGGUUUGUGCUGCAUGUUCAACGCUCGAAAUUCCAUUUAGUUUAUGUUGGAUACAUUCAGGCUUCAUCCCGCAGGUGUUCGAGCGGUGGCCUUUACAGCUUGACCCUUAAAAGGGGUGUGAGAGCAGGAAGUUAACACAUUACUCCUUAAACAUGUUGGAUCCAAGAUGGAACGAGACCAGAGGAAGCCAGAUUCUGGCAAAGGAGACCAGCAUGAACCAGUGUGAUAAAGACUUCCUCAACGCUGACCCCAGGCCACCCGAAUACGUCCAAUCUGUGCACAGGAAGACAGUGAAAGAGCUGCUAAAGAUGAGACGUCGGAAAUUGAACCAAUCACAAGAAGACAACAACUGGGUGCAUACAUUUAAAUCUGCAAAACCUGAAGCGCUUGCCAGUGACCCGGGGCCUCCCCUGUCAGACCCUCAAGGGCCACAAAAUACAUUUGAUAUCACUAGUCCUUUCCUCCCUGCUUCUCCUGGUAAUGGUCACAUUACCCCAAAACAAAUGCAGCAUCCAGCUCUGCAGGGACCAGCGGCUCCGACUGCUGAAGUGAUGACUUUAUUUCAGUGGCAAAUCCAGAAAGAGGCUCAGAGGGUUGGAGAAAUUUCAUCUGAGCAGCUGAACAUGCAGGAUGCGGAUGGUGACACAUGUCUUCACAUAGCAGUGGCACAAGGUCGACGGGCUCUGGCUUAUGUGCUCGCUGCAAAAAUGGCUCAAUGUGGCUCUCUGGACAUGAAAGAACACAAAGGCCAGACAGCUCUUCAGAUAGCAGCCGCCACCAAUCACCACUUCAUCGUCCACGACCUGCUGACACAUGGAGCACAAAUCAACACCCGAGACCUCUGGGGCCGAUCACCUUUGCAUGUGUGUGCUGAGAAAGGACAUUUUCUCAGUCUGCAGAGUAUCGGGAGGACCUUAAUGGGGACCGGCACACCGAUUGACAUUGAAAUGUUCAAUUAUGACGGUUUUACUCCGCUGCACGCUGCGGUCUUGUCUCACAAUGCUGUCGUGAAGGAGCUGAGGAGUGCGGAGAAUCUGUGUUCGUUCAUGACGAAGGAGCUGGAGCAGAAGGCACAGAUGUUUGUGGAGUGUAUUCAGACUCUGCUGCUGAUGGGCGCCUCCUGUGAAACAAAGGAUCUGAAAAGUGGGAGGACAUGUCUUCACGUGGCUUCUGAGGAGGCAAACUUGGAGCUGCUGAACAUCUUCCUCGAGCGGCCGUCUUCUCUGUCAGAGGUCAAUGUUAAGACAUUCAGUGGAAACACGGCGCUGCACAUCGUCAGCUCUUUGCCAAAUCAUAAAGCUCAGGUGGGCGCAGUGAAGCUGCUGAUGAGAAAAGGGGCAGACCCUGGGGCCAAAAACUUUGAAAACGAAAUGCCGUGUCAGCUGGUGCCUGAAGGGCCCCUUGGUGAAAAGGUGCGGCUGAUCCUGAAAGGGAAAUAUCUUCACGUUUAAGUGGAGCUCCAGAACACUGUCAGUCAGACAGUCCACUUUAUUUUCAUAUCAU